AUGGCGGACAACCCGGAACGACCGGAGCUAUCGUACUUGGCCCGGUUAUGGCCCAAGAUCCGACACAUGUGGGCUGGCGGAUGCUUUCAGUCGGUGUCCCUCCAAGACCUCGGACUCAAGGUGCAACUUGGGCACCCCGACGGCAAACCUUGCUGUAAUUCCGUUAAAGGACACGCGAACUUUCUGAUAUUCGACUCCGAGGGAUACCACCUGGUGAACGUUCUCUACUGUGACUGCAAGCUGCCCGAAACACGUUCUCAAAGGGACCAGCUGCUCGAUAUUGGAUGGUACCCGGCGUCUGUGCUACAACCACAGACUGCGUUUACCUUCCGAUUUCUCGAUACAUUUCAUCGGCUCACACUUCAAGGCAAGAUAUCUCUUCAUGACUACUACUUGUUGGUCGUGCACAAGACCGACAACGCGGGUCUCCAAGGACGAAUCUACCGAUAUCAUGAGGCGGCUCUAGCCACACGCCAAUGGCUGUAUGCGUUAUUCCUUGCGCUGGAUGCUUGCUUCAAGUUGAAGAACAGGGAUAGGAAAAUCGACGACCCCGAGCUUGGAAGGGGCACGGGGUAUUUUGUAGACGAGGUAGAUUAUCAGGCGCAUCUUGAGCGAUAUGUCGAAGAGCCUGAGAAACUGGAUCCUUGCGACUCCACGUUCAGUGCAAUCAAAGCCGGUAAUAGCCAGAAGGCACCAGGUGACAUUAUGUCCGUUUCAGGGGUUGCCGCUGUCAAAUGCGCAAGGCACGCGUUGAUGAUGCCGAACGGUGUCGCAGAUCUCCAGCGCGGCGAGAAAUAUGUCACCAUGGAUUGGAUAUUCUGGUUGAGCCUUCUUUUGGUUGGGGCGUUACUGCCUGUCGUCGCGAGCUACGACAUUGCAUGCCAAUGGAAGCAAAACCUCCGGCGCCGACAAUCGAAGCUUCCUGUCGCCUACUCGGCACUAUCCAUCAUCGCGAUUCGCUUCUUCAUUCCCAAUUUCCAUAUUCGCGGGCACAAGUUAAAAUGUCAAACGGAGUUCUACUUCCUCUUGCACGAGCAUGUAGGGCUGACCCAUGCCGAGACUGUUGAGCAGGAAUGGGCCCACAUUGGCGGAGUCGCAACCAUGACUCGCGAUAUGGGCCCGUCAGCCCGGCACCACACACUCAACGACCAUUGGACCUUCUGGAACUUCCGCAAGAUCGUAGGGUUCGGGGAUUUGUUCUACCGGGCGCUCACAAAUACCGUGGACGAGCUGCAAACACACCAAGAAGUUCUUUCCGAAUUCACGGAGCGUUUCUCAACAGAGACUAUCCGAGAAUGGGAGUCGAUGAUAUCCCGCUGGGAAUUAGAUGCGAAACAGCCGAAUCCCUACGAGGAGAUUGAGCAAGCGGUCAAUGUCAAUAAAUUGCGCAGUGAGCUUGCCAAAGAAGACGCAGAUGAGGCCCGUCAACCCGACGCAACGGUGCUGCACACGAUCUCUGGGAACGUGUUCAUCCAUCAAGCCUUUAGCCUCAUCGAUCAGCGCCGCAAACUCCGCCAGCAUGCGGCGAAUACGAAGGUCAAUGCCACUGAAGCAGCGAAGGCUACUCUGCAGGAGCGACGAGCGGCGUUCCGUCGGCGGGUCUUCGAAUUCUACGAGAUCCAGAGCAUUUACAUGCCCGGUUGCGUCGAAGAGCGGACAUCUCGACUGGGUGACGACAUAGUCAAUUCAGGCGAUGCAAUCAAUGCAGAGAACCUCCCGCUUCUGCUCCCUUCGGACCUCAAGGCCGGCUUGCGCAGCAAGGGAUGUCUCCCGGGGAUCGUCGACACCGAACAGCGCUACGCUGAAGCCUUGUUGAAAGAUAGCCUGGUCAACGUCCGGCGCUUUCAGCGGCUCGUCGUGUCAGUCAGGCAGAAAAUGAAACAUACCGCCGGCAGUCAAAGGGAGGGGACGAGGUCCCGGUCCCUCAUGGACACGGUAGCUGCAAAGCUCAACCGCGCCUUUGAAACGUAUGGCUCUGCCUACGCCGCGAUGCAAUCCCUAGACCCACGCGGCUUGUGGUCCUUACACUUUCGGGAAUUACGCCGCGACGAUCUUUGUGGCCCCCAACGUCAUGACAACAAUGCCUACUCCAAAGAGCAGCCAUCGGAGACCCAUCGAAUUCCAUCCUGGAUCUGGACUGUGUCCAUAACCGACUACUCCACUGACCACGCUGACUUCGAAGAGAACGAAGCAGCCAACAGCCGUGCCAUGGAUUUGCACAUGCGAAUUGCCUAUGCGUCCCGCCAAGCCAACAUCCUCCGAGCCCUUGCGAAGGCCUUCGCCAAGUUAUGGUUUCCGCCGCUGAAGGUCCAUGGCUUGGGUCAAAAAUGGGUCGCUGAGCUCGAGCCAAUCCUGAUUCCUGACUCGUGUGAAAUGGAUGCAGCCAUGAUAGUCUUCGUGAAGAAGCGCAAACACGCUCAAGAAAGGAAAGAUCGAAAAAACAAAGGACAUGAGGAAGACUUGCCGGGGUCCGAUGCAUCUGAAGAAGAAUCACUCAAGCUAUGA